CUGUUUUGUUUUUUUGGAAGUCGUAAAAGGAAAACAAUAAAGUUCUUGAUAGAUUGUAUUUAAUGAUAAAUCAUUUUCAUGCAAAGCAAUUUCUAUAAAUAAAUUAAAUAUAUAAAAAUUGUGGGAAACUUGUGGAGCAAUUUCCGUUCAAGAAACAUACAGAAAUUAGCAAUGAGAGUGUGAGCAAAAAGUUAUUGCGUGAACUGUUUUGAUUAUAUUGUGUGCGUAAAGCGAAAACCGACAAAAAGUGCAAUUAAAUUCAAAAUGUGGAAUUUAAAACAAACCGCCUCACAUUUGUAUCGUCAAUAUGAGCUUAUAACUUGCAUUAACAUGUUUGAGCCAUGGGAAAAGAAGCUAAUCAAUGGAUUCUUUCUGAUUAUGGUUGUACUUGUGAUCUUCUCCAGCUACGUUUAUUUGCCCAGCUAUAUGGAAACGCUGCUUGAAGUGAUUAAGCCCACAACUGGAUCUAGUCAGCCAUCAGAGAAGGCUUAUGUGCCAAUGAAAAUCAGCAGUUUUUAACUGAAACAAUGCUAUAUAUAUAGAAUAUAUAUAUAAUACUUGCGCAAUUGGAAGACAAUUAGAAUUUAAUAACAUGAUUUGUGAUUUACUUUAAACCUAUUAACAACUGUAAAUACUUUAAUGUGCCAAGGUAGAUUCGUUUUGCCCAAUUGUAUAUCGGUCGUCUAUACUCCAAAAUAAGAAAUACGGUUUCCACAAGGCGCAACGCCGAUGUGUUGAAGAAUAGUCCAACUAAACCACCAACAGAAACUGUAAAAGAAGAACAUUUUAAUAUAAUUUAAAAAUGCCGAGCAA